CAGUAUAUAUGUGACAAUACAAUGACAAGCAGCUGACAAAUAUGAUAAUUAUAAUUAUCGAUACGGUCGUUGAUUCUCUGAAAAACGUUGACCUUGUGGUUUUAUUCAGCCCAAUAAUUAAUAAGUAACAGUAAUUAUUAACAAAAUUAACUAUAAAAUUAAUAAACUCUGAGUUACUGUUCCUAAAAUAGAUGAUAAAAAAAAUUUUUAUGUAAUAAUUUAGUCGUCAGCUGAAGGAGUUCGACGCGAGAACCAUCGAUUCGUUCAGACGUUGACGCGCGCUCGAGUUGUUACCUUCCUCUUGGAGACGGUGUCUAAUCUACGUGCUUAUAAAAUAAUAUUUAUUAUUUAAUAUAAAGUCUACAGCUACUGGUUUUUAGACGGCACGAGAUAAGAGAAUAUUAUCAAUGGUGAAGCAGCAAAAAGAGUCACAUGAGGGUGACGAUAACCCGAAACUCAAGAAAAUAAACUCCAGAAAGAAGAAACACAAAUACGCCCGAAGAAAAUGGCUUGUUCCUUCUGCCAAAGUGUUGAAAAUGCUGUCGCAGAAGCAUGCGGAGUCAGAUGCUGAGAGCGAAGCCGGUGGCGGGGGUGGAGAUGCUGAAGGCGCCGUGACGCCGGGUAGUGUUUCCAAUGGCGAGGGUACCAAGGAAUUUCUUUCAACCGGAAGAACAGGACGUAGAAAUGCGAUGCCUGAUAUCUUGGGUCAACAUGCGAAGACAGGGAUUGCUGAUUUACCAUCGCGUCUUGAGUCUCUUACCACUAAAUCAGAUGAAGCUGGUACGAGUGGUAUGGCUCAGAGUGGCCCGUCUACCUCUCAACAGCAGAUGGGUUGACGUAAGACUAAAUUUGAUUUUCAUGAUAAUUAUUUCCCAAGAUAUUUCAUCUUGACGUUACGUACAUAUUUGUAACAAAACUGAAGGAUCAGUUUUAUAGCAGCAACAAAAAAAGUUUUAUAUUUAAAUCGAUUCUGACAACGGUGAUGUAAUUACAUCGUUAUCAACGACAACCAGAGUCAUACUCACACACUGAGACUGUAAUGAAUCGUCAGCUAAGAAUAAUUUAUCUUCAAAGACUUGAACCGACGCAGUUCUUGAUUACUGUAGAUUUAUUAAAUUUUCAAAUCUAUAUAUACAUACUUAUAUAUAAAUAUGUACAUUAUAUGCCGUGGAACGGCAUUCAACUUGUGUGAUAUUCGAUUAAUUAUUUUUUAAAAAUGUAAUUGAAUGAGUGAAUUUCCUGAAAAUGAGAUUCGUGUGUUGAAGAUUUUUUUUUUUAAUUUUUAUAAUAAAUAAACUUUUUUUUUACAAUCGAACUCCAUUAACUCGGACAUUGUCUACGGAGGUGCGGGAAUCCCUUGAAAUUUCUGAGUUAACGGAUGCCCCUUCUCCUGUAAAAAGUAAACUGACGCAUGUGCUGACGUCACAUGAAUGAUACAUAUAUAAAUAUACAUAUAAAUGUAUAGGGUGGGAGCAGCGUACAGUCGAACUCCAUUAUCCCGGAACUUCCCCUGAAUAUUGACCCCCACUGCGAGCUACGCUGUCUCCCACCCAUGUUAUGUCUAUAUUUAUAUAUGAAUCACUCGUGUCGUAAGAGCGCAUGCGUCAUAAUUUACUUUUUACGAGAGAAGGGGCAUCCGUUAACUCGAAAACUCCAAGAACUUAAUGGAGUUCGACUGUAGCUCGUAGUAGAGGUCAAGAUUCAGGGCAAGUUCCGAGAUAAUGGAGUUCGACUGUAGCUCAUCGAUCGCAGAUUUUGUACCUCUGAUAAUUAUUUCGGGCUUUCAAGGCUCGUGUUUACACGCAUAUUUUUUUAUCGUAUUAAUUUGUAUGAGAGUACGAAUUAGUCAUAAAAAUUAUUUGAGUGUAAAUUUAAACAGGAUGUAAUUAAUUACGGAAUUAUUUAAAUGACUAAUUACUAGUCCGUUAAUUUUUCCAUUUAAAUUUAGUGCCAGACUAGAUACUCAUUUUAUUUUAUUUACCUUGACAAUUAGUAUAAUUUUCUUAUUAUUUAUUGAUAUUAAUAUUAAACGAAGCUGUGGCCUAUAACUCACUACCAGUCAGUAUCGCACAAUUACUAACUAAAAAUUAUACCGCAUUAAUUUUAAUGUAUGUCAUAUUUUAUCAAUACAUACAUAUAUACUAAUAUAUGAUAUCUUUAGUUUGCCGAGUUAAUAACAAACUAAAACUACUGAAAAUUCACACGACCCGAUAUGAUACUUAUAGACAUUAACGAUCAAGGACCCGCAUUGAGUGAAAACUAUUUUUACGUAUCGAUCGUCAACGACAAAAGUUCUCUCACUGUAAAUAGUACGUUAUUUUAUUGUAACAAGAGUAAGAUAAAACACAGCUUCUAAAAACAAUUAACAUUUACACAGAAAAAAAAAUUAUUUUUCGCGCAAAAAAUUUUUAUUUACCCCAAGAAAUUUUUUGUACCAUAAAUUAAAAAAAAAAAAUUCUUACGUCAAAAAAUUUUUUGCCAGUCCUAAGAAAAUUUAUGAUCCUGAAGUUAGCAGACAAUUAAAAAUGUUUGGAUUUUUUUUUGAACAAUUAAAUUUGAAAAAAAAUAAAAUUGAAAUUACGCACAUGUAGAAAAUUUA